AUGAAUGCAGCAUCGCAACUCUUGUUAACACUGAUGAGACUCAGACAUAACUUUGGCCUAAAGGAUUUGGCGGCACGAUUUUGUAUUUCCAAACAGUCUGUCAGUGAAGUAUUUAAUGCAUGGGUUGAUCAUAUGUAUAUGAUGUUGGGUGCAGUACCAAUAUGGCCUCAUCGUGACCAUGUCAUUAGCAAUAUGCCAUCACAGUUCAGAUCUGAAUUUCCAAGAACCAUUGCCAUUGUUGACUGCACAGAAUUGAAAACACAGAAACCUUCAUCUUUAAAGUUACAAUCACAAAUGUAUUCUGAUUAUAAAUCGGGAACAACUUUAAAAGGACUGGUAGCUUGUGAUCCAAUGGGUAAUAUUGUGUUUGUCAGUGAGCUAUUUACAGGGUCCAUGUCAGAUGUGGUUGUCACUCAGAAAAGUGGAUUUUAUAAACUCCUACGUCAACUUUUGGAGGCAGGCUACAUUCUGCAAGGUGACUGUAUCAUGGCAGAUAAAGGAUUCACCAUUGAAUCAGAUUUGAAAUCUUUGGGGUUACACCUAAACUUGCCGUCAUUUGUAAGUAGGUGGAACACAGAUGCCUCAAUCUGA